AUGAUGACGUGCCGUCUGCUGUGCGCCCUGUUGGUGCUCGCCCUGUCCUGCUGCCCGUCCGUGUGCGCGGCAGGGAGUGAAGAUAAAGCUGAGAAAGCUGGACAGGGUGCAACGCCCCAAGAUUCAUGGGGUUCAAGCGGUUCCGAUAAUCCAGGAGCAAAAGUCACGGAAGAUGAUGAGCACAGUUCAGAUAAUAAGCCAAUUCCUUCAGAGGGACCAUCGAAUACCGCUUCUGCUCCACCAACUCCAACAUCGGCAGGUACAGAAGGAACAAGUGGACUACCCACUUCGCAAGAUGGAGGAGGUGCGUCUGGUCAGCCAGGGGGAUCAGAAGAAAAUAACCUUUCACCAGGAUCAACAGGUGACUCCGAUAAGUCAGCUGUAAAGAAUCCGGAGCAUAAUAAAGAAGUGGCGCUAGUUGGUAAAGAAGUUAAUGAACAGGCACCAACCACGACAACCACCCGCGCACCGUCACGUCUUCGCGAAAUCGACGGCAGCCUCAGCAGCUCUGCGUGGGUGUGUGCCCCGCUGCUGCUCGCUGUAUCCGCGCUGUCGUACACCACUGUGGGCUGA